AUGGUUUGGGUUGCUGUUCUUGCCCUCGUAUACCUGGACUUUCCCAUCAGGGUUGGCACAGCUGCAAUCUGUGCCCAUGGACAGGAAUGCCAUGCUCCCUCUUUGGCAGAUCUCUUUGACAGGGUCAUACAACAAUCCUCAAGAGUGCAUGGCAUCUCUAGUGAGCUCCACUCUGAUUAUGAACAAUAUUUCUUCCCCAGCAAGAACCACAUAGGAAAACGGAAGUGUCACACCUAUAGCAUACUAACGCCUGCUGACAAAGAGAAUGCACAAAGACUAGGAAGAGAGGAGCUGACAGAAGUGAUCCUGAGGCUGCUGGGGGCCUGGGGUGACCCUCUGUCACAGCUCCACCGCAGCAUGACUCAGGAUCAGAACCAAGACUUCAACCACUACAGCUCUAACAAGGCUCUAGAGAUGAGCGACAUGGUGCACGAGCUGAGGAGUGGAGUGACAAAGGUGGCUGAGAAAAUGAAGCUACUUGGAGUCAUUAGCAACGCUCUGGGUUACAUGUCCUCCCCUGAGAGCCUAGCCCCCUCCUCUGUUUCUUCCUCGUAUGAAAGAGGAGAUUUCAACUCUAUUGACCACCAUGACCUGCUCUACUGCUUCCGCAGAGACUCCAACAAAGUCAAGAAUUACCUCCGUAUCCUCAAAUGCACCACUCUUCCUGAACUGGACUGUUAG